AUGGCUUUGCGCAGCACGUCCAGUCCAGUCCGGAUCCCGUCAACGCCCUUUGCCAGGCUGUGGAUGACAUCGCAUGCGCCUGAGUAUGUUGGGUUUGUUCUGCUGCUGGCCGGUUGGAUAUGUCUCGUCCUGUUCGUGACACCAUUUCAUCGCAUGUUUAGUGUUGAUGAUUUGCAAAUCUCGUUUCCGCACGCUGAACAUGAGCGUGUAACCGUUGUGAUGAACUUUGUUUACGCAUUCUUCAUUCCACUUGGCGUGCUUAUUGCCUACAACGUCAUCAUGCGGUCGCCCGCCGCAAAGCACGAAGUCACAUAUCUUUCCUUCUUCAUCUCAGUCGCAUUGACCCUCUUCUUGACAGAUGUCAUCAAGAAUGCGGUCGGUCGACCGCGGCCCGACCUGCUGGACCGAUGCCACCCCAGGGCCGGAACCAAACCUCACACGCUAGUCACCAUUGAUGUAUGCACCACUGCUGAUGGACACAAGCUGCAGGAUGGGUGGCGAUCGUUCCCUUCUGGUCACUCGUCCUUUUCCUUUGCGGGACUCGGUUUUGUGAGCCUGUACUUUGCGGGCCAGUUUCAAAUCUUUCGGACGGCCACGGGCGGCCGCGAUCUCAGCCGCGCCCUCUUCUGCAUCACCCCGCUCGUCGGAGCGGCCCUCAUUGCUAUUUCACGAUGCGAGGAUUAUCGCCACGAUGUGUACGAUGUCUGCGUCGGGUCGAUCCUCGGCUUCUCCGUUGCCUACUGGAGUUACCGCAGGCACUGGCCUCGACUGACCAGUCCUCUUUGCGCACAACCAUAUCCACCGCCCGGCACUGAUAAUCAAGCCUGGCAACGGGUCCGCGAUGAGGAGGCUGGGACCGAGGACGCAGCAUUUGAAAUGGACCAAUUGGGGGGUAGUAGCCGGAGCUAG